GAAUCUAAAUUAUAAUUUAUCAUCCAUGGCCCUCAGCAGUCCAAAACCUCAUUUCCAAUGGCCAUUUCCAGUUCUCCAGACUGGUCAGCACCUUCCAUUAACUCUUGCAGAAAGCCCCACAAGAUUAUCUUCCCUCAAACAUGCAAAACCCUUCACUUUUUCCCUCUCCCGUGCUUCAAUAUUCCUGUUUGUCACGUGAAUUCUUCUUCUAGCUGUCCAUCCCCUAUCCUAGAAGAAGAGCCGAUAUCCACGAAUUUUCCUGUCAUCCAACUGGACUUGAAACUUGAAGAUACCCAACGCUAUCCAAUUCCAGAUCAUCCAGACAAGUUAAAUGAUUUUUUAUGUGGGGUUCUGCAAGAUCCCAAGUCUGAAGAACUAGCAUACGAGUACUAUAAGAAAGCAAAAGAAAAGCCAGAAUUUAGGCCACAAAGACCAGUGCUAAAGCUUCUAAUAAGGUACUUGAUUCAAUCAGAUAAAUGGGGUUUGGUUUUGUCGUUGGCUGAUGACUUUAAAAAAUACAACGUGUUCCCAGAUAGUUUUACUUUUUCAACUCUGGUUAGUAGUUGCAUUAGAGCUAGAAGAUUCAAGAUUGUAGAGAAUUUACUUGAAAAUUUUAAAUCUGAUAGUAAAAUUGCUGUUUUGGCUUUUGAUUCAGCAAUGAAAGGGUAUAAUAAGCUACAUAUGUAUGGUAGCACAAUCUCUGUACACGAAAAGAUGAUAUUAGCAGGCAUUCCUUUGGAUUCUAGGUGUUAUUGUCAGAUAAUGAAGGCCUAUUAUAAAUUAGGUGAUGCAGAGAAAGUUGUUGCAUUGUUUAACGAGUUUGAAAGUAGAAAACUGGAUUCAAAACCAAUGAUUUUAAGACAAAUAUACAAGAUAUUAUGUUUGUCAUUGGGGAGAUCAGGCCAAGCUUUUCAAGCUCUUGAAUACUCUAGAGACAUGAGAAAGAAAGGAAUUUUGGAGGACUCUUCAAUUUACUCUUCCUUAAUCUGUUCAUUUGCAAAUAUUCGAGAAGUAGAGGUCGCCGAAGAGCUUUUCAAAGAAGCUCUAGAGAAGAGAAUGUUAAGGGAUCCCGAAAUUGUUUUGAGGCUUGUUUUGAUGUAUAUAGAAGAAGGGCAAAUGGAGAAGACAAUUGAGAUUGUUAAGGUAAUGAAGGGUACUGCUAAUCUGAAGGUGUCUGAUUGCAUUUUCUGUGCAAUUGUCAAUGGCUUUUCCAAAAGGAGAGGGUUCAGUGCAGCUGUUAAGGUUUAUGAGGAGUUGAAAUAUGAUGGUUGUGAUCCAGGACAGGUGACAUAUGCUUCUGUAAUAAAUGCCUAUUGCCGAGCUGGGCUUUAUUCUAAAGCUGAAAUGGUGUUUUCUGAGAUGGAGGAAAGGGGGUUUGACAAAUGUGUUGUGGCAUACUCUAGCAUGAUCUCAAUGUAUGGGAAAACUGGCAGGGCAAGAGAUGCAACGAGGCUUGUAGCAAAGAUGAAACUAAAAGGUUGUGAGCCAAAUGUAUGGAUAUACAAUUCUUUGUUGGACAUGCAUGGGAGAGCCAAGAAUUUAAGGCAGGUGGAGAAGCUAUGGAAGGAAAUGAAGAGAAGGAAAGUGGCACCAGAUAAAGUGACUUACAGUAGUGUUAUAAGUGCUUAUAACAAGUCCAAGGAGUACGAGAUGUGCGUGAGGUAUUACCAUGAGUACAGGAUUAAUGGGGGUGUGAUUGACGGGGCAAUGGCAGGAAUUAUGGCUGGAGUUUUCUCUAAAAUUAGUCGGAUUGACGAGUUGGUGAAGCUUUUAAGAGACAUGAAAUCUGAAGGAACACCAAUAGACGAGAGGCUUUAUAGAUCCGCUACGAAUGCAAUGAGGGAUGCUGGACUGGAUAUCCAAGCCAAAUGGUUGCAAGACAGCUUCAGGGCAAAGUAACAUAGAUUAUGCGAUUGAUUACACUUGUAUUUCUUCUCUCUCUUUUUUUGGGUUUUUCUUUGCACUCAUUGUUAAGGCAAUAUUCAUGGUAGGUGACAAAUGUACAUCGUUUUUUUUUUUUUUCUAUUUUCUUGAACAAGUAUAUAAUGAUCUAAUUAAGUGUACGUAACGGAAUCGAGAAUGAAAUCCAAUGCAAUGUAAUUUUUUUUUU